CCACGCCGCGCCCGCUCCCCCAGCGCCCCCACCCCGGGGCCCGGCGGCAGGGGCAUCUCCUUCAGGAAGGCAAAACUCAGUGUGCCUGGUCAUUCUUGGGCAUUGAAGGUACGGUGGCACUGUUUGCGGACCAUCUACUUUGCAGUGAUUGGACUCUUCAGCUGCUGUUAAAUCCUUUUGCCGAGGAUGGAUGAGAGACCAACCUAAAAAACAGUUCUUUUGCGGACUUCUUCAUUGCCUGCUAGAAUGUUUCUUAUGAAUGCCUCUCCUUUGAUAGCUCUGAAGACAAAAUGGGAAUCUUUUGGACAAUCAAGGAGUUGUAGAUACCCUGUUUGCUUCUCUGAAUCUGAAGAGGAUGUUACUAGAGCAUCUGUAAGUGCAAAAGUUCAGAUGAUCAUAAACAACCUGCAAAGUCAAGAGUCUUCCCUGGAUAUGAACAAUGAUUAUGAUUGUAUUACACAGAAAAAACGAAAGGGAGAAAAAAAGAGUAACAGACUUACAUCUAGUACCCGGGUGCUACAACAGCACACCUAUUCCAAGUGUGGUUGCCCUGCUGAUUCUGAUGGCACAGAAGUGGAAGACAGUUCAGAGUUUGGGACCCUCCUGUUGGAUUCUGAUAGUGAUGAUUCUGUUGAUCGAGACAUAGAGGAAGCCAUUCAAGAGUACUUGAAAAAGAAAAGCAAGAGUAUCCAGCCAUUGCCAAGCAAUGCAGAGUGUUCAGAUAGAACAGAUGUAGACAAGAGGGUCAAAAGGGAACUCUCACAGAAUAAGGUGACUAGUAAUCUACUCCCUAUGAAAUUUAAAGCUGAAAUGGUGACUGAAGGCUUCAUUUCUGACCAUGUGGGAAUUUGUGAAAAGCUACGGUCAGCUUCACCUCUGAGCAUCAGUAGUGAUGACUCUUUUGAACAGAGCAUACAUGCUGAAAUUGUACAGUUCUUGAAUGAAAAGAAACAGCAAGAAACUAAUAAGUGUGUAAUUGUGGAGGAUAAAAACCUGGAACAGAAAGAAACUCAAGUGAAAUCUAUGUUUAAAUAUAACAAAGAAUCAGCUAACAAAGCAAAUCGCAGUACUUUAAAGCAAGGAUGCAAAGCACUUCUCUUAAGGCACCAGCCCAAACUGAGGAAGACCAAUGUACAAUCUAAAUGUUUGAAGUCUAAAAUCAGUGAAGAGCCUAGUGACUUCAAUAAAGCGACCCAGACACAUUUUAAAAUGACUGCUACUAGCCAGCCCUGGGUUGUCGAACAAAAUAAAGAAGGUGAAGGCAAGAGACAUUUCUUCAAAACCGAAGGAGAACAAAUAAUUGAAAGCACUCACUUAUCUGAUUCAAGUAGUGAUGAUGGUAUCGAAGAAGCCAUUCAGCUUUAUCAGCUGGAGAAAAUCAAGAAAGAGGUAAAUCCUACAACAGACUUCCAAAAAGGUGUAGCAGACAUUUCUGCAAGCCUAACAAUUAGCUCAACAAAAUGUGCAUCGGCAGAAGACCAUAAAAAAUCCUUAAGCAGCAAAAGGAGGGAGAUGAGUACAAAAUCCACACAAUUUAAAGGCACUGGCAAUGAAUUUAACAAACUGUUUAAGCCUUUGAAAAAAGCCAGAAGUUGUGCAUCUCCGGUAAACAAAAUUGCCAAAUGCAAGCUCACGUUGCAGGCUUCUUGCCGAGCCGACACAUCCACAGAACUGAUGUGUGCGGAAGCCAUCCUUGACAUUUCCAAAACAAUCAUGCCACCCCAAAUGGGAUGCGAGGGCAAAUCAUUUGCAGCAAACCCUUUCUUCUACCCCCAAAGCUUGCCUUCCUCCCACUGCGAAAGCGACAGCAGCCCUGUGGACAGCGAUGAUAGCAUAGAGCAAGAAAUCAGGGCUUUUUUGGCUCUCAAGGCACAGUCAGAAAAUCUUGUAACAAAACCUGGUAAUUUGUCCCACUCUGUCCAAAGGCCCUUGUCUUCUGAGCGUAACAGUGUGACUGGUGGCCUGGAACCUUCCCUCCCCAAAACACUGAAUCUAUCAUUGAGUCGUAAGAGGAGACUUAAAGGAGAAAGCAAAGUAGCAAAACAGAGCAUAGACAAUAAAACAGAAGGGCUGGAGAUGGGGUGUACCCAUGCGGGUUAUGGUAAUAGCGCCAAAAUGCUAGUUUUGCAAGAUGGGAGUGGCCUGAGCUGUCAUAGAAAAGCCUGUGAAGCUGGAAGGUCUGGUAACAAAGAAACAAGUCAGCAGCUGAUCUCUGCAGAAUUCACUGGGCUUGUUGACAAGCAUGUUGCUUUAGACUUUGCAAACAGCUUGAUGCAGGUUCAGGGUAACACAAGAGAACUGAUAAAAAAUACAGUCCAGGCUCAAGAGAGAGAUGGUACAGAUGACAAGAGCAGUUCUCUGGACAGCGAUGAAGAUCUUGAUAGCGCUAUCAAAGACCUCUUAAGGUCCAAGAGGAAACUAAAGAAAAAGUCCAAAGACCAAAAAAUCCAAUGCAAGAAGAAAGUCAGAUUUGGUGACACAGAAACCCAGCUUUUGGAUGAACUCAGUAGCCUCCAGCGAAAGGACUGGAAAUGCAAAAGUCCUAUUCUGCUAAAAAGCUGCCUUUCAAAAUCACGUAAAGAUACUAAGGAAAAUGCAGUUAGAAGCCCCCAGAACAAUGUAAAUGGCAGGCUCUCAAAAGGAAGAUCAGAAAGCAUAAAGGACUUACCGUUUGCGUUGCAGUUUAAAAAAGAAUGUAAACCUAAACCAGUUUGCAACAAGAAUAACUUGGAGGCAGCUAAAAAUAAAAGAUGUUCUUUGACUGCUACUUCAGCAACAGAUGACAGCAGCUCUGUGGAUAGCGAUGACAGCAUUGAACAAGAAAUUAGGAAAUUUUUGGCAGAAAAGGCUAAAGACUCUGCAAACAGUAUGGAAAUACGGAGGGAUAACUUAAGUGCUGACUCAUUGAGAGUUACCAAACCACGUGCAAACAAAGGAAAAACAAAGCAUCAGCUAAUCGAAAAUGAGACUAACAUGUUAUCGGGUCAGAGUAAAAAAACUAAAAAGGUACCUCAGCAAACAGAUGAAAUGAAAAGCUCUCAGAGAACUGUAGGAGAAAGUGCAAUAAUGCAUGAUGGUGAGAAAAGUGCGUCCCAUGCAGAGAAUGUGUUCCUCCAUACUACUCUGGAGUUGAAGGCUGAGCAAGGGACAGUAUGGACUAAAGGUUUAGCUGCUGGUGCUUUGUCUGUAAAAGGAAAUCCAUUAAGUAAAAAGAGUACUAUAGAGCCUAAGCAGAAAAGCCUUUCAUCUACACACAGCAAAGGUGAUGGGUGUAAAUUGCAAAAUUACUUUAAUGCUAAGUCUAAUUCCAAAAGAAAUAGCACCUUUCAGUUAAAAAUUUCAAGCAAAUUUAUAGCUGGUCUAAAGUAUGCUCGUGAUAGAAAGAAAUCUGUGCUUUUAAACAAAAGGCAAAAUGUAGAACUUCCACUUCCCCAUAGCAGCACAUUAAGGACUGAGGUAACUCUCCCGAAUAUUUGUGCACUUGAACAAAAAAGUGGAGCCUUGGUGCAGAAUGGGGACCUUGGUGGAGAGGGAAAGACAGGAAUAAAAGAAGCAAAUUUUACUCAGAGCCUCAUAGUAGAGGAGACAGGUCUCCAUAUAGCAGAAACCUGUGAAAAACUGGAGGCUGCUCCUUUGCAUGUUAAAACUGAAGCAGAUGAUUACAGAAAGGAUAACACUUUGGGAGACAAACAUAUGUAUUGCAGCUCAGAUUCAAAUCCAGAUCCCCAAUUGCAGAAACCCAACAUGGCAGCAGUAAGCGUUAGCGUAGGAACAUGUAUUUUUGAGAGCCAAAACACAUCGAUUAAGGAAGAGGAAGGAGAGAGCCAGCAAGACAGCAGCAGGCAGGAAGAAAUUAAUGUACCCAACUCUAGUUUGGAAGGGAAAAUGUUAGCCGAGCAAAGUAGGGAAGCUGAUCGUAAAGAGGACCAUGUUCAGGAAACUUUAGACAGAAGUUCGACAGAGUUUAGUGACAUAGCUGUACAGACAUGCACAAGUUCCCUGGUGAAAAGCGAGGUGUCAGAUUUUUCUUUAAGAACCUCUAUUGAUCCUGGAUUGACAAUACAACCUUACAUAACUUUAUCUCCAGCACAGAUAUGUAAAAAUCUUACUUUAAAAAUCCAGAAUGGAAGGAGAGAAUUCCAGAAAGUGUGCUGCAUGUUUGAAGGCAAAAAGAAAGAAAAAAGAAAAGAAAAGAAGCCCGAUUUGUUUCUCAGGGUUGAAAAGCAAUGGAAAUAACAAAAUAAUGCAAAGAAUUGGAAACAACGGAGGAAAUGAAGACAUGCCCUGAAGUCCUAGAAGAGAAGUGGUAAAUGAGAAAGCAGAAGGCUGAUUUUUUUUCUAAAUUACUUUGUUUUUUCUGUGGAAACCAUAUGAUAGAUAUUGAAAAUAUAAAGCCUUUGGGUGAAUUUCAGCCCUUGCUUUAUUAUAUUUGUUCAACUCCGUUGACAGGUUAUAAAUGAAGGCAGAAUUCUGCCAGGAAUUUCUGUAUUUGAGAUCACCAAAUAUUGUGUGGUGUAAUAGUGAAACUACACCAUGGACCUCCUUCAAAAGUCUUGGGGAACUACAAUAGGUUUUAGAUCAGGCACCAUAUAUUUGUAUUUGUUUGUUCUAUAUUCAUGCCUUUAUUAGACUUACUAUUCAGUUUCAUAUUUCAUUGCUGAGCUUGUUAACUAGUAACAAAAGUAACCUUGCCUUGCUUGUAUUUUUUAAAACUUUCCCUGUUAUGCUUGACCAGUUCAGUUUUAUAGAACAGUAUAAAAAUGAUUCAUGUCAGAGUGAAGUUUUCUUAAGAAAAUGUUAUGAAAAAUAUAGGUUGCAGUAUUACCUGGACACAUCUCAUCUAAUAUACCAAAUAUUAUUUUCAGCCAGCUGCUGAAAAAUGUUCAUAGCUUUUUGUUAUAUAUUACCAGUGUGUUGCACUGUUAAACUAGGAUAGUGUCUCCUCCACAAACAAAGUUCUUGAGAACUAUACGUGGAAAUACAUUGCACGGUUAGAACUGCAAUGGAGUGUGAUUUAUAUAAAAUUGCACAGUUUCAUCGGUUGUAUAACUGCAUUUGUUGCAAUAAAACUUUAGAAAAUAUUUCUCUGGGAUUCAUUGCCCUUGUUUGAAUAAUUCAUUAAGAAAUUAUAGUCUUGAGACAGGAAUGAAUAACAAAUGUUCUACAACAAAUCAGUUAACAAUACUAUUUAAAGGGUUAAUAUCUUUGGGAAAACAUGGAUCUUGAGAUAUCUAGUCAGAUUCUAAGCAACAUAGAAACAAAGAUUCAAAAACUUCAUUCAUCCUUUAGUACCAUGCAGUAUGAGCCAAGAGUUGAAAGGAUCACUUGUGAUUGAAGAAAAGCUAAGUAUAUGUAUAUCUUUGUUGUAAGCUAUGUUGACUGAACUAUCACUUAAUUAUAAGUAACUAUAUGUUGACUGGAAGGGGUUCAGCAAGGAUUUCUACCUGAACAUCAUUUAAUCAUAUUAAAUGUGUGUUAAUGGAUGUCUUUUUUUCUAAUAAAAGUUUAUUCUUGAAAUUCUAUAGUGAUUUUUUCUAGUUCCAGGGUGAAACAUGAUUGUGUUUCCUAGACAGAAGCUAUUGAAACUGUUUACAAUGAAAUUUCUUUAAAAAUUUUGGAUCUCCAAACGUAGAUUUGAGGGUUUAGCUACUUGACAGUCUCUCUUGAACAAAUUUCCCAGAUGACACCUUUUCUCAGCUUUAUGAACACAAUUCCACCUUAAAACUCUUAAUUUUGUAGUUGCUUUGUCAGAUCCUCAUAGGAAGUGUCCUGUUAUCAAGCAAGGUAAUUUUUUUUUCCUGCAGUGGGAAAAACAUAGUUUAACAGGACAAGAUUUGACUUUGAAGGUUAAUGUGUUGGAGCAUUUUUGUUAAUUUGCUACCACUUACUGCACUGUAGGAAUUAUUUUACGGACAAUUUAUGUACUUCUGUUCUUCUAUGCGGUAUCAGCUCAAGUUAUUGGUACCAUUUAAACUACUGUUUCUUGCAGUAGACAAGAAUCCAUGUCACAGAAGUCACCAUUGUAACUGGUACAGAUUGUGUUCAAGAAAUAUGUCUGUUCUAUAGUUAGGAAAAAAACUGAUGAUUAUUCAUAUCAGAUGAUGAUGAUGAUAUAUUUCUACUCCAGCAGUAACUAAAUAUGUUAAACAGCAGCUACUAACGUUAGACAUUUAUAAAUCAGUAGGUUCAGAUGACUUGCAUCCAAGAAUUUUGAAAGAGCUGGCCAACAAGCUCUGUGGACCUUUAACGUUGAUUGUCAGUAAGUCUUGGAACACAGGGGAAGUUCCAGAAAAGUGAAAGAAAGCUAGUGUUGUGCCAGUAUUUAAAAAGAGUAAUGGUAUGACCUAGGUAAUUACAGGUCUGCCAAUCUGACAUUGAACCCAGGAAACAUAAUACCGAUAUAAGACUCGAUUAAUAACAAAUUAAAGGAGGGAUUAAUAAAAAAUUAAAGUAGGGUAAUAUCAAUGCAAAUCAACCUAGAUUUGUGGAAAACUAAUUUGAUAUUUGAUGAGACUGUAAGUUUGGUUGAUAAAGGUAACAGUAUUGAUGUAAUAUACCUAGACUUCUGUGAGGUGCUUGACUUGAUAACAGAUGGUAUUUUGAUUUAAAAAACAAGAAUGAUAUAAAAUUAACAUGGAACACAUUACAUGGAUUAAAAUCUGGCUAACAGGUAAGUCUCAAAAUGUAAUUGUAAAUGAGGAAAUCAUAAUUGAACGGUGUGCAUUUCUAGUAGUCCCUGGCAGGGAUUGGUUCUUGCCCCAGUAGUUUUUAAUAUUUUUGCAGAUGACCUGG